AUGGCUACGGCAAACCAAGAGACCAAGGGUAUGGGAGAGAUCCGAGAGGCCUUUCGGGUUCUGGACCGAGAUGGGAACGGCUUCAUCUCCAAGCAGGAGCUAGGAAUGGCCAUGCGCUCUUUGGGGUACAUGCCGAGUGAGGUGGAACUGGCCAUCAUCAUGCAGCGCCUGGACAUGGACGGGGAUGGCCAGGUGGACUUUGAUGAAUUCAUGACAAUUCUUGGCCCCAAACUCGUGUCUUCCGAAGGUCGCGAUGGUUUUCUCGGAAACACAAUAGACAGCAUAUUCUGGCAGUUCGACAUGCAGAGGAUAACUCUGGAGGAGCUGAAGCACAUCCUCUACCACGCCUUCCGGGACCACUUGACAAUGAAGGACAUCGAGAACAUCAUCAUCAACGAGGAGGAGAGCCUGCAGGAGACCUCGGAGAACUGCCAGACAGAGUUCGAAGGAGUGCAUGCACAGAAACAGAACAGGCAGACCUGCGUCCGCAAGAGCCUCAUCUGCGCCUUCGCCAUGGCCUUCAUCAUAAGCGUCAUGCUGAUCGCGGCCAACCAGAUCCUCCGGAGCGGCAUGGAGUAGGCCGCCCCGCACCGGGCUGCGUGCCCAGCUCACCGCGCAUGCGCAUGCCCAGCGGGCAAACUCUGUUCCUCCGCAAAAGCAGAUACGGUUGCAGACCAGGCACGGUCGGGCGAAGACCCCCCAAGGCUGCAGUGCAACAGGUGUUGCCCAUUCACUUCAUCUCCUUGGCAGGGACACCAAAGGGCUGUCUUAAAUGCUUUAAUGGUUUUGUUUCCUAAUGCAAUAAAAUAGCCAGGAGUUCCCAGUGACUGCUUCAACCACCCCUAGGAACUCUGAAGAGAGACUUCAUUUCCAUCCCGGGAUUCCAGGGGCCACCCAGGCUGGCGGUGUAAGAGAGCAAGGGCGAGGCGUCAGCCCGCAGCCACCUCCGUGACCCCCGUCCUUUCAACCCCAGGGGUCCGCUGGAGACUCCCGGCUGCGGGAACCCUCAGUCCCAAGAGGCUGGCUGCUGGUUGCUACGGAAGAGGGGGCUUCCUUCCUCCACCCAGUGGAGCCCCCCCCCACCCCCCACCCCAAGGCGUGAGGGGAAAGCCAUCGAGCGGGGUGCAGCGCCGCACCCCUUCGCUUCCGUUCUUACUGCCUUUUCUAGAGGACUCUUGUUGGCAGAGUUGGGGAGCUCUCGGUUUCCGUCAGCACUUGGCUUUCUGUUCCUAGAGCCCAUCGCGCACCAGCAUUUUGGAAUCUGCAGAGAGCCUUUCUCCCGGCUUUUGCCACCUGUGCUGCCAUUAGUGGAAAAAAAA